GCUACAUUAUUGCCCUCGUACAAAUGGGUUAUAAACCCAAUAACCCACACCUUCUUCUUCGUCCUUCUCACUGAAAAUGGUAUCACUUCGCCAUUCCCAUUCUGCACCCAUUAUCACCAUUCUCUUCACAUUACUGCCAUUCUUCUCAACCGCAAGAAUUCAUCAAUCCAAUUACCCACACACAGACAUUAAGAACGAGGAAUUCAUCAAAACAUCAUGCGGAGUAACGUUGUACCCAAAGCUAUGCUACGACUCUCUCUCCCCCUACGCCAACUCAGUCUCCACCGCAGCCCAGCUGGCGGACGCGGCCCUGGACGUGAGCCUGAGAGCGGCGCGGUCGGCGUCGGAGACGGUGGCGAAGCUGUCGAGAGAGCGCGGCGGUUUGGGGGCGCGUGAGGCGCGUGCGGUGGUGGAUUGCGUGGAGAACAUGGAGGACUCGGUGGACGAGCUGGAGAGAUGCGCGGGGGAGAUGAAGGAUUUAGGGGGUCAGAGAAUGGAGGAGAAAAUGGGGAAUGUGAUGACUUGGGUCAGCGCUGCGUUGACUGAUGAAGGGACUUGCAUGGAUGGGUUUCAAGAGAGUGGGAAAAUUGUUAAGGGGAGAAUUAGGAAGUGUAUUGUGCAUGUUGCUCAGUUAACCAGCAAUGCCUUGGCACUUAUCAAGAAUCUUUCAUCUUCUUUUCCUUGAUUACCUCACAAUGUCUUCAAGGAAAGUGAUCCUUGUCUCCAAUUUUUUUUAACCUCAUUAUGUUUUAAAGGGUGUAAUUUAAUUUGUGCUUGAAAGAUGUGAUCAAGUGAGUAAAGUAUGAUCGUUAUUUAAAGGUCACGAAAUUGUAAUUUAUAUUAAAUAUAGAUUUUCUCUCUA